AUGGCAGAUGUGCUCCUAACACAUGGCAGGCGUCAUCUCGUUUGUGGCGAGAUCGCACAAGCAGUUGAGUCGUUUCAGAAAGCCUGCGAACUUAUCGCCACCGAGCAUGGUGACUUGGAUGACAGGCUGGCGGAACCCAACUUUCUAUACGGUUCCGCCCUACUGGAGUUAGCUCGCAUGGAAAGCACAGUAAUAGGAAAUGCUUUGGUUGGAGUUCCGGAGGAAGACAGUGCUUCUGAAUCUGACGAUCUUGUUGAAACUGGUCCGCAAAUGACAGCUGAAGAGCAAGAAGAACUCUCGAACCAAGUCCUGGAUGCGAUGUGUGAGCCAUCCGUUGAUGAAGCUGCUGACAAUGUAAACGGAGAUGCUCCUACCGAAGAGGGAGCUGAAUGUGCACCGGAAGAUGAAGCCGAAGAAAAAGCGUCCUCUGAUGGGGACGUCGAAGAGGAAGUGGAGUCUGCGUCCAACAAUGAGGAACAGGCCGAGACGGCAGAAGACGAAGUUGAUGCGGAUACGCAAGAAGACAUCAGUAAUCUCCAGUUGGCGUGGGAAGUAUUAGAGGUGUCAAAGACGAUAUACUCUCGGAGGACUGACACCGAAAGUAGACUCAAAGUGGCUGACUGCCUCGAAAAGUUAGCUGAAAUCAGCCGGGAAAAGGAAGACUAUGUCCAAGCUCUGUCGGAUCUCCAGGAUUGCCUCACCAUCCGCAGUGCAGUCUUAAACGAUGACCAUCGCGAUAUUGCUGAAGUUCAUUACCAGCUUGGUACCACCCAUGCAAUUGCAGGGGCAUUGGAUGUUGCGAGCACUUGUUUCCGAAAUGCAGUAUCCUGUCUGCAACAACAUGCGAAUAAUAUCAGAACCAAGAUAACUGAAAUGGAAAAGCUUGAUGACCAGGUGGUAGAACUAGAAGCUUUACGCAAUUCCUUGAAGGAAGUUGAGUCUCUCGUAUGUGAUGUUCAGCGUCGGCAUGCAGAAGUCAACGAAGACCUUGCGGCCACUCAGCCAGGUAUCACGUCGAGCAGUUCGACAUCAGCUGCUAAAAGCACGGAGUCGGACACAAACGUUCAAGUGGUGGAUGAUAUUUCACACCUAGUCAGGAAGAAGCGAGCUGUAUCAGAUGAGACAGCCGCAGAGCCAACCGUGUCGGAGAUUACUCCGAUACCCAACGAAACCCAGAAACUGAAGAAAGCGAGGAUUACUACCGACAAUCCUGAUACCAACGGUGAUGUGGAACAUUUGAAUGGAACUUCUCAAACCACGCUUACCAAUGGUACACAGGUAACUUGCACCCAAUUUCCUCCCACAACUCAUUCCACUGUAGGAUAAUCCUAUCGUCGAGAUCGCGUAGGAAGCCCAUUGAAGAUUCUCAGGCCAAGAUUGCAUUUAUUCGUUUAUCUGUUUUUUGCUAUAUUUCCACAAUAAAUUUUGACACUGUUG